AUGCCAACGGCUAGCCAGCGCAUCGAGGAGGAGCGUCGAGCCAAGUUUUGCGGAACAGCAAGCAUUCGGCUGGACGCAAUCCGAUAUAACACUUCCUUUCCAAAACGAAUUGGGGUUCAAGAGUCUACAAGCGUUGCGUCUCUGAAAAUUUUAUUUCGCGAAGAGCUCGAAUCGUGCCAGGCCGGUGGCAGAUACCGAGCCAAGGUCCUUAUCCGUCACGAAGACUUAGAAAAAGCCCUUGAUCGCUCGGAGAUUUCCAUCGCUAGUCUUAUAGCGAGCUCAUUUCCACAUCCGAAACUCGAAAUUCCUUCUACAACCACACUUGAGUGUCUCCAAGGACAUGAUCGUUUAGCUGCGGCGGAAGAGGUGCUUGAGGGUUCCCAGAAACGCUGGGAUGUGGAUCUAUUCUUAGACGAUCUUAGUGUUGAACUGAAAAGAAAGCUUGUGGAAGAUUUCGAGUACAAGAAAGAGCCCAGUGACGGAGAGUUCUACCGUAAAAUCCGCGAAUAUCAAGGAGUCCAAGGCGAAGCGAACACUUUUUUCGAAAAGCUUUGGAGGGGCAGACUCGCAGUUUCGCCCCUUCGGAAGAACUUCGAAGAACUUGAUAACCACAGAGGAUAUACCAAAGCCUUCAAUACUUUGCUGCAAAUUCCAGCACUAUUUGAUGGUAUGCGACUCUCAGUGGUCAAUUCCAUGAUAUCUAUGAGAUGUGAACAAUGGUGGCAUGAGAUUUGUAAGGGGGAUUCGAAUCUCAUGCGACAAAUUGACAAAAGCACUGUGAAGAGUCUUCAGGGCAAAGCACCGGGCGCAUCUCAUGUCGAUCGAGAUGAGUUAUCGAGCUUAUUUAGGAGUGGAAAACUUUUCACCGAAAUUCCCGAGGAAUACCGCGAAGCACUAUGGUCGAGAGUAUGUGACUACUCGACUCAAUGCCUGAUCCCAUCCUUGUUCACUUUUUUUGAGGAUCGCAAGUUCCUGGAAAAUGUUGCGUGCGGCUUGAGGAACAUCGUGGGUGUUGAAUCUAAAGAUAGUAUUUCACGUCGUCUGACAGACAUGUUUACCGACAUUGGGCAAGUCCAGGAUAGGUGUGUUGUCCAAGUAUCCGAUGUACGCUUUGGCAGUAUCGCCGGUAACCGCGACACCCGUCUCAGAUUGGGCAUGCAACAACUUUGGUUAGCGGCGUUUCGCGAAUACGAGAAUCUGCCUGCUAAAUUGCAGCGAAAAAAUGUCCUGGCCAAGGCACGGCCUAGGGUUGAUGUCGGUGCUUUACAUGGCCUCGCUUCUAUAGCUUUGCGUCUUGGGUUUGAGUCCGACCAAAUCCACGAAAUUUUGUCGCAUUCAGCUGAUUGGGUUAUUGCCAGCGAAGCUCUUCUUGCUGCUCGAAAGCCUGGUUCGUUUGAAUACGACAACCUGGACCAGCUCGCAACACAAAUUGUUGGCAUAUUUGCGAAAGCUCGCCCAGUCGCUUCGGAGACAAAACGUACGCAAUCAUACACCAACCGGUCUAAAAACCCCGCGAGACAUGGACUACCGGAUGCAGCCGACCAUACGCAUGACAAGCUCCAGCUCUUUUUACCGAAAAUCAGCAGCGACAUUGAUGAUAACCGGAACCAUGUCACUUCGCUCUUCGUCCGAAUGUCAGUGUACCGAGCAUAUUUUGGAGAGUCAACAUUGUCUCCAGCUGUAAGCCAGGAGAUUCUCAUUUCGAGUGUGGCCACACAAGAGAAUGAUGGUGGUAAUAACAAUGCGCCUGAGGCUGAAAGCGGGUUAGAUCACGAGAUUCAGAUGAUGGAAGAAGCAAUCACGCUACAGCAACUAAAGUUGGAUACGGCAAUUGAAAUGGAGAAACUUACGGAACUCAAACAGCAGGUAUCUCAUGAGCAAGCUGCACUAGCGAGGCUUCAAAAGUGUUCCAAGGCGGAACGAAAUAGUUGCUCUUCGAGACUGGCAUUCGACGACAUCGUGGCCGAAAAGUAUGACGAGUUUAUGGCAGACGAAGAGAGAGUUCAAGAGAAAAGCCCUGCCUAUGAUGGAUCAGUCAUUUCUCUACAAGAGCAAGCGGAAGAGCUCACUGUUGCUUCUUCUGCAGUGCCGAUUCACCUACAGACUGCAGCUACACCAAUGGCGCAAAGGCGACGAGGAAACAGUCACUUCAAUUUCAGAGGACUGAAAGUUCCAGAUGAAGAGCGGUUAGAGAAAGUUAUGCAUUCCGCGAAAGGAGCAUCUCAUUCUCCACCAACGUGUAUCAUUUUCAAGUCUGUCAUUGACUCGAAUGGCAACUUGAAGGAAUCGAACCGAGUCCAUAUUAAUGCGGAUGCACCCUCGCGAGUUAAGCAACUUGCAGCAGAGUACAUGCGGCAAAAAUGCUCUUUGUUUGAUAUAUAUGGCCGUAAUCUGGCAUCACCAGUGGUUAAGCAAGCAUCCCAGCUUGGUAUCAAGGUACGGGACAUCAUGGAGGGCCAAGGACACAAAAGGGCAAGACUAGCAGAAAUAUCCGACUGA